AUGGCCGAGCUGCUGCGGAGCCUGCGGGAUUCACAGCUCGUGGCGCGCUUCCAGCGCCGCUGCGGGCUCUUCCCGGCGCGGGAGGAUUCUGGAGAGAAGCAUGUUGUGAAGAAUUAUUUCUACUAUUACCUGUUCCGGUUUUCAGCCGCUUUGGGUCAGGAAGUGUUCUACAUCACGUUUCUCCCAUUUACCCACUGGAAUAUCGACCCUUAUUUGUCCAGAAGAUUGGUCGUGAUAUGGGUUUUGGUGAUGUACAUUGGCCAGGUGACCAAGGACAUCCUGAAGUGGCCCCGGCCUUCCUCUCCUCCCGUUGUGAAACUUGAAAAGAGAGUGAUUGCAGAAUAUGGAAUGCCAUCCACCCACGCCAUGGCGGCCACCGCCAUUUCCUUUACCCUCGUCAUGUCUACCAUGGACCGGUACCAGUACCCUUUCAUUUUAGGUCUGACAAUGGCUGUGGUGUUCUCUACACUGGUGUGUCUCAGCAGGCUCUACACAGGGAUGCACACGGUCCUGGAUGUCCUGGGUGGUGUUCUGAUCACUGCAGUCCUCAUCGCCCUGACCUACCCUGCCUGGACCCUCAUCGACUCCCUGGACUCCGCCAGCCCCCUCUUCCCUGUGUGUGUCAUCGUCGUGCCGUUCCUCCUGUGCUACAAUUACCCUGUGUCUGACUACUACAGCCCGACCAGGGCGGACACCACCACCAUCGUGGCUGCUGGGGCCGGAGUGACCCUAGGAUUCUGGAUCAACCACUUCUUCCAGCUCGUGUCCAAGCCCACCCCGUCUCUUCCUGUGAUUCAGAACAUCCCACCCCUUACCACUGACAUGCUGGUUUUAGGUCUGACCAAAUUUAUGGUGGGGAUCAUGUUGAUCCUCUUGGUUCGCCAACUGGUGCAAAACCUCUCCCUGCAGGUAUUAUUCUCAUGGUUCAAGGUGGUUACUAGGAACAAGGAGGCCAGGCGAAGACUAGAGAUUGAAGUCCCUUACAAGUUUGUCACCUACACAUCUGUUGGCAUCUGUGCCACAACCUUUGUGCCAAUGUUGCACAGAUUUUUGGGAUUGCUCUGAGCCCAAGACAGUUGGGAACCAGUCUGCUAAUGUGAGAUGCAAAAUGUGAGAAAGCUGUUG